CUUCUGGAUUCCACCCUUGGGCUCUCCUUGGAGCCCCGCUCCCCGACCCGAUCAGGCCACUUGGGAGCCAACAGCUGUGCGGAGUGCUCACUGUUGACACAACAGUGUGAGCUAUGUGGUGAUUUCCAGCCCUUCCCAGAUUCUCAGAAGCCACCUGACUUGGAGCCGGCCACCACGGCCAGCCAGUCCCAGGGGAUCCACCAGCUCCUCCAGGCAGAGAAAAGGGCCAAUGACAAGCUCGAGGAAGCCAAAAGGAGAAAAGCCAAGCGAUUAAGACAGGCCAAGGAGGAAGUGAUGGCAGAGACUGACCAGUACCGGAUGCAGAGAGAUCAGGCAUUCUGGCUGAAACACGCUAAGACGAUGGGCUCCCAGAGCAAUCUCUCCAGAGAGAUAGAAGCACAGACACUGAGGAAUAUAAAAGAGCUGGAUGGGAGCUACAGCAAGUCCAUGGAAAGUGUCAUCAACCAGCUUUUGAGCAUCGUCUGUGACGUGAAACCAGAAAUCCACUCGAACUACAGAGUCACCAACUACACAAGCACUCCGUUGUUCAAUAAACAGUGUCUACAUGCCACCUCAUUGCUAUGGCUCCUGUUUAUAGCAAGAGAUGUGACAUAG